AGAGACAGAGGAGAUAAGCCAUCAACCAUUUCCCUCCACAAACAAAGCAGAUAUUCCAUGUCUGACACCCUAGCAGCAGCCCCGCUCCCGGCGUCCCUCGCGGAGGCGCCGGCUCCGGCGACCGUGUCCCAAGCCAUGUCCAAGGUCAUGGAGAAAGGCAAGACGGCGUUCAUCCCGUACAUCACGGCGGGCGACCCGGACCUGGGCACGACGGCGGCGGCGCUGCGUCUGCUGGACUCGCUGGGAGCCGCCGUCGUCGAGCACGGCAUGCCGUCGGCGGACCCCUCCGCCGACGGGCCCACCAUCCGGGCCUCCGCGCAGCGCGCGCUCGCCGCCGGCGCCACGGAGGACGCCGUCAUGGCCAUGCUCGCCGAGGUCACGCCGGGGCUCUCCUGCCCCGUCGUCAUCUUCUCCUACUUCGGGCCCAUCGCGCGCCGCGGGGCCGCUGAGUUCGCCGCCGCCGUCAAACAGUCCGGUGCCAAAGGACUUAUUGUACCCGAUCUUCCUUACGACGAGACGAGUGCUUUCAGGGAUGAAGCCAUCAAGAAUGGCCUGGAGCUGGUGCUGCUUACAACACCAUCUACACCAGCAGAAAGGAUGAAGGAGAUCACUGAAGCUUCAGGAGGCUUUGUUUACCUUGUAAGCGUCGAUGGAGUCACAGGCGCCCGCGCAAACGUCAACCCACAGGUCAAGGAUCUUCUUAAGGAGAUUAAGCAGGUCACUGAUAAAGCAGUGGCUGUUGGCUUUGGCAUAUCGACACCUGACCAUGUUAGGCAGAUUGCAGAGUGGGGUGCAGAUGGAGUGAUCAUUGGCAGUGCAAUGGUGAAGCAGUUGGGUGAAGCGGCUUCUCCAAGUGAAGGGCUCAAGAGGCUGGAAGUAUAUGCCAGGAGCUUGAAGGAUGCACUGCCUUGACAUGUAAAUUUACAUAUCAAAAUGCAAUUAAUUAACUUGAUUGGUGCUUAAAAUGAAUACAUACGGGCAGAAGAAAUGAAGCUGCGUGUUUUUUCUACGGCUAGAAAUAUAUUUGAAUGCAAAGAAGAAAAAUUAAUAUUUUUACAUUGUUUGAUUCUCAUCCUUGAUUAACUGUUUGGUGCUGUGAGGUGCUUACCAUUCAGGUAACCUGUGUGACGUUGUAAAUCGUGUGCAUGUUUUACUGCACAAGAAAUGUACUCGGUCCGAUCCAAAAUUCUUGUCUUCCAAAUAGGAUGUAUCUACUCUUAAAAGACGUCUAAUACAUGUAAUAUUUCGAUAA